GUGUGUGUCUGGGGGUGAUUUAAAUGUCCAUGGAACUUGAAACUUCCAGAGAACACCCAAGCGGCCAAUAAAAUCAGACUCUUCAUUAAAAUUCACAAGAGCCACAGGAAGGCUAUCAUUGGCCAGGCUCCCAGGACCCAAAGAUGGGAGGGGGGACGCAAAUCCCGCCCAAACCCUAGGGGGAUGGAGUUGGCACCAAGGACUUCUGAUCGACCCCAGGGCAGCGGAUAGCGGGCCAGGCACUUCAAAGGGUGCGGAGCAAAGCAGCCCUCGCCACCCCUGCGCUGCACCUCCGAGGCCCGGCGUCAAGACUGCAGUCGGGUGGAAAUCGGGAGAAGCACGAGUGGUGAAAGAAGAGCCCAAAGUCCUUAAGCCCGAGAAAAGGAGUGCAGCGGCGUGGGUCAGACGCGACGUCGCUCCGCGCGAAAACUUCGCGGUCAGAGUCCCGAGCGGGGCGUCCACAGCAGAGGUCGCAGCAGCCCCUGCACCUCGCUCCUCGCUAGGCAGCUUCAAGAAACGGCCUCGGGUCAAGGACAAGGAUCUGUGGCCAUGGCCGAGGCUACGGAGCCAGAGGGUGGCGCUUCGGGUCCCCAGGGGCCGCCCGCGGGCUCAGCGCUUCUGGUGGAGCGACCGGGCGAAGCCGGGGCUGCGGGCUUGGAGGCGGCGGGGCAGGAGGCGAGUGAGGGCGCCGUGGAGGCACCCGGGGCAGAGGGGGCGGGCGCGGCGGCGACGGCCGCGGUGAAGGAGGAAGGAGGCGGCGGGCCGGACUCAGGGUGCACCGGCGAGCUGUCGCCGGGAGCGGGCAGUGGCUCGGAGACAGAGACGCGCGAUCCGAGGGGAGCGCAGGGCGAGGCGGAGGCAGAGGAGGGCGCCCCGCAGGGCGCCGAGGCGCAGGUGGCCGGGCCGAGCCAGGAGCCGGGCGCGCAGGGCGAGGCCGCAGGGGAGGCUCAGGGGGAGCCCGGGGACCCCGGAGUCCCAGCGGAGCAGGAAGAGGCGGGGAACCAGCUGGAGGCGCCGCGGGUCACCAUAGACACCCAGGAACUUUCAGGGGACAGCAUGGACGCGCAGGGGCUGGCGGGAGGCACGCAAGGGGCGGAGGGCGAGCCCCAGGAUCGGCAGGAACACAGUCCCCAGCCCCAGUCCGAGACCACUGAGGUCGCUGUCGAGGAAACUGGGGGGCCCAGCCCGGGGGAGUUUGCGGGAGCCACGGGGGAGGUGGGGUCUGAGGAAGCGGUCCCUGGGGACGCGAAGACAGGCGCUGGUGAGGAUGGGGACCCGGGCGGGGGCCCGAAGGAGACAGAGGAGGAGGAGGAGCGGCGAGAGCCGGCUCCGAGCGAGGACGCCUCGGCAGCUGGGGGCGAGGAGGAGCCCCCCGACCGCAGCCCGGAUGGGGAGGCGGCCGAGGAGAUGGGAACCGAGCGGCCCGAGACCGAGCUCAGCAACCACCUGGCGGAGGAGGGCAGCGCGCAGGGCAGCGACGAGUCGGCGCGCGUGAACGGCCGCCGCGAGAACGGCGAGGCGUCGGAGGAGGGGGACCCGGGACAGGAGCACGACAUCACCCUCUUCGUCAAGGCUGGGCACGAUGGCGAGAGCAUCGGAAAUUGCCCGUUUUCUCAGCGCCUCUUCAUGAUCCUCUGGCUGAAGGGUGUCAUAUUUAAUGUGACGACGGUGGAUCUGAAAAGGAAACCUGCAGACCUGCAGAACCUGGCUCCCGGAACAAACCCGCCUUUUAUGACUUUUGAUGGUGAAGUCAAGACGGAUGUGAAUAAGAUCGAGGAGUUCUUAGAGGAGAAACUAGCUCCCCCAAGGUACCCUAAACUGGGGCCCCAACACCCUGAAUCCAACUCAGCAGGAAAUGAUGUGUUUGCCAAAUUCUCAGCAUUUAUUAAAAACACCAAGAAGGAUGCAAACGAGAUUUAUGAAAAGAACCUGUUACGGGCCCUGAAGAAGCUGGAUAAUUACUUGAACAGUCCCCUGCCAGCCGAAAUAAACGCCUACAGCGUGGAGGACGUCGCCGUUUCUGGGAGGAAGUUCCUGGAUGGGGAUGAGCUCACACUGGCUGACUGCAACCUCUUACCCAAGCUCCAUAUUAUUAAGAUUGUGGCCAAGAAAUACAGAGAUUUCGAAUUUCCUUCUGAAAUGACUGGCAUCUGGAGAUACUUGGACAAUGCUUACGCUAGGGAUGAGUUCACCAAUACGUGUCCAGCUGACCAGGAGAUUGAACAUGCAUAUUCAGAUGUUGCAAAAAGAAUGAAGUGAAACCGGGGUGCUUCCUGUCUUCUUUCUCAGUGGAGUGAGCUAGGUUUCCAAAAGAGUGUGUUUCAUGCAUUUCCCUCAAUAAUCAUCUUUUACAAAGCAAUGUCUAUAGCAGGAUCCACUCAAUGGCAAAUGAUUCAUGGUCUCAGAAUUUGUCAACUCACCGGUGAAUUUUUAUGUGCCAGUACCUAUUGUAAUACGCACCAGUUGCCUAGCCUAUCUUAAUUUAUAUCUUUGGCAUUCACUGACAUCGUAAUCUAUGAGGUUUAGGGCAUGCAUUUUGCAGUUAAAGUUUCAAAGCAAAUUAGAUUUGGGUUCAGUUCUUUCAAAUUUUGAAGACUUGAUCUGUCUUUGAUACUUUUCAUAAUCAUAUGUGGUCUCUUUUUCUUAAGUGUUAAUAAUGAAGUAUUUUCAAAAUGAAAAUACUGGUUUUGUAAUGAAAAAAUGAUACACACCCACUUUAAAACUUCAAGAUAACAUCAGAGAAUAUAAUGAAGGAAGUAUAAACGAUCUCCUAAAAUUUUACUCCACUUCAUUACUGAUAAAUGGUUGGUGAAUAUCUUCCAAAUUUUGUCUUCUGUGCACACACACACAUUUGCAUUACACACAAUUCCAUUCCUUUUUAUAUGCUAUUGUGUUUAUUUUAAAGACUAAAGAGGGGACCUCUUGGUAAUUCCUUGAUGGUCAGUCAUAGACACACAAAAAGAUCGAGCACUGCAGAGCUGAAGAGGAUUCUCUCGGUCAGAUUUUAAAGAGGCGGGAAACUGUAGAGUCUGUGGAGUUACCAGCAGCCAAGAACCAACCCCACGGUCUGGGCCUCCAGAGGCUGCUGCCUCUGAUUCUAGGUAGGGUCUCUGGGGCAAAUGCUCAUCUGUGCCUUUGGGAGUUCCAGCUCCCUCUCCAGUACCUCCUCCUGCUCCCACCCUUCUCGCAGAGGCUCCCUUCAGGGGACUCCUCGUUCCAGCCACAACUUGGAGACUCCCUGCCCUAUGUUGAAAUGUGAAGCAAGCACACCUGAUUCUUUCCCAUGGCUAAGCUCCACCAUGGCCCUUCUUUGGUGAUGAUGAUGUGGUGGGGUCUAGCCUAGUCACUGUCCCUCUCUGCUCUUAUGAUUUCAUUUAGAGGUCAGGCAGGGGAAACCCAGGGAGAUCAAAUUCAUGGUAACUACUCUUGGGCAGUUUUGGUAAAUAGUCCAGUUAGGGAGGAAGUGGAAAGGAUUGACUCAGAGAGUUUCUGGGCGGUUUGUGGCUUCCUCUCCACCAUGUAACCAACGUGCAUCACAGCUUUGGGUGUGGGUGGCCGCUGCGCCCCAACUUCGUGCAUGGAGGAGAGAAUGGAGGGCUGCUCAGAUACAGACCUUGCAGGUCUGGUGCUGGACAUUCACAUGCAUCUUACAGAAAACCCUUCUGGUAGGGUUGGCUGUGGUGGAUGCUAAAAUGCUCAUCUUUCAUGCAUACGCCUGCUCUAUGGGUGAUUUGUUUGAAAGAUAAUAAAAUGCAUUUAGGAUAACAAGUUUGGAAUUUGUUGAAAAAUGUCUCACAAAAAAAUAUCAAAUAUCAAAUAUCAGCCUUUAAUAUGGUGGACAUGCGUUCCCCACUUACAGGAUGCUGUGAUUCCAUCCCAGAGGUCAGUUUUCUUUGACAACUUUGAAUUUCUGGUGGUGUGUCUAGCUGCAUCACCAUUGUCCACGUUCCACAGCUGUUAGAAGUUCAAUUUUUAAAUCUAGUUUUGUAAUGUUACAUGUCAGCUUGGCAAGUGAGUAGACUACCAGAUGUUACUAGUGCCUUUUAAUACUUUUAGAUGUUAAAGUGAUCAUAAACUGUGUGCCUUAAAAAUUACACAAAUUAUAAAAACAUGUAAAUGGA